AUGCCUUCCAGUUUCGGAGCCGGCGAUAUUCCCAUCCUCGCCAAGUUGACAUGGGAUCUUCAUAACCAAUGUCUUGCUCUCAGCAAGGACGGCCCCGAUGGGUUCAAGAGGCUAGUUACCGAGCUUGGCUCAUUGCAGGGAACGCUUCGCACCUUCGGUGGAGAUUCAGGCUCAUAUUUGUCUCUAUUCGAGAAGAUGGAUGAGGAUCGGAAGCAGACCCUCCAGCGAUCCCUGAGUGCUUGUUUCAAAACUCUCCACGGACUGAAGGAGCUUCUUGCUCGGUUUCAAGGCGUUGGAAUAGGCGAUGGGCAUAGUCUUUGGCGAAGGAUCAAAUGGGUGACUCAACGAACCCAUGUUGAAGACAUCAGAUCCAAGAUCAUGGUUCACACUUGCAACCUGGGCCUAUGCAUAAGCUCUAUUGGGAAUGAUUCACUCGUUCGAAUUGAGAAUUCCAUGGCGCUGGCAAUGGAGGAGGAUGAGGAAAUCAUAUUCAGCACCGAGCCAUCUCCUGUCCGGGAAACAGACUCUAUAGUCUCACCAAUGACCCCAGAUGCAGUGGAAUUACCAGCCAAUGACGAAAAUUAUUCACCACAACCAGUGCGGACUAAAGUUGCGGAGCUGGCCGACACCAGAAUUUCUAUCGACAGUGCAAGCGACUUCAAACAUGCCUCCACCUCCUCCGAGUCGGCCAUCACUGGGUCAGAAGUAUCACUUCUUAAUGGAGUUUCACCAACCUCUUGGCUGUCAUUGAACACGUCACCUCCAAUCACGACACCACACAUCGCCCAUCCUCGAGCGCGUAGCGAGCAACUUCUUUUUGGCGGCUCCAUUGACGGACGGGCACUGGAUGAUAAGACACGAUCUAAUGACUGUUUAGUUGAGAAGCAGUUCUCAAUUUAUAGCGAUGACUAUGCAUCUAUUGAUGAUGGUCACCCUCGUGUGAUGGAAGCUGUCACAUCUGCAAUGCAGCAUCUUCACCAUGUGCGCCACCAGGAGCAGGUUUCUCGGCCGAUCCGUGUUGAGCCACAGAACCAAUUACAUCGACCAUCCUCUGAGAUCUUGAAGCUGUUCGAAGUUUCUGUGAAUUACGAAUUGCAGAUCAGAAGGCUGAUUGCACGAGAUUGGCUUCGUGUUGCUACAUGGUGGUUACUGAAGGUUGGAUCUUUAUGCUGGAAUGACAUCCUCUUGCUGACUAUAGAAAAAAAGGCGCGCGCAACAUUAGCAAACUGCAACAGACACAUCUACUCCAGUGCCAGGGGCAGCCUGACUCCUUCCACAGAAUCAAAAUCCAACGGCAACCAAGCUUACCUUGACAUUCUGAAGGCUUCAUAUGUUCUGUAUGAUAUAGUCCUGGCAGAUGCAGCGUCACCUGCCCCAUUACUUGACGAGGACCGCAAGUCAAUCGUCGAGCUUUCCGAGAAUCUCAAUGAGGAAAUUUCCCAGUAUACAUCAAUUGAUAUCCCCGAGCUUUCCAGCUUGCGGGCUCAAAACACGGAACUCUGGGAACCUAUGCAACCCGAGGAGACACCAGAUAACGGAGUUGAUCUCGAUCUUGGUCUAGAAAAUCUACGUUGGGUCGCCGUGGACCUUGAGGAUGCAGGCAACGAGCAUGAAAAAGUCCUCUAUCGCACAUUCGUCAACGCCGGCAUUGGAGGCAAGAAGUCACGCAUGCGCACCAAAGGUGCUCCCUAUAUGUUGCUACUCGUAACACGGGAAGGCGAAAGUGAGCCGAAAAUCGUGCUUUGCAACCAAAGCGGUACCCUGUGUCUUGAAAGAGACUGUGAGUAUCACCAUUUCAUGAUGUUCUGCGUGGUUCUAACUCACGUAGUUACAUUGGAGGACCUCCCACCCCUUGUGCAAUUGUCAAAUUCCACUUUGACUGGGUUCCCAGGCUCGCGCGUCUUGGAGCCAAUACCUUUCAAGUUCGAAGACAUGAGUGUUUCAAUCUCAUUCCAGUUUCAAGCAGAUCUCAGCCAUUGCAUUAACAUCUCAAAGGCCUACUUUGACGCUGUUGCACAGCGGGAACCAGUUGAUUCUACCAAUUUCACGGAGACUGUUAUAUUCAAGAGCUCCGUGGAGGUAUUUGAACAGCUCAACACCCCGGCCAUGAAAUCAAUGAAUCCACCCGUCAUGCUCAAAUCUUGUGAGGUUCGUAUUCUGGAGCGAUCCUUUGGAGAAGUUUGGCGGAAUACUCGUCGCAUGGUCAUCAGCUCCUCCGCUGCAGAGAAGGCUCCGAGAAUUAUUGAACUCUUAAUGCCCCUUAGCGGAGUCCUGAUUAAGCGUGAUGACUCCUCUCGCCAAGUUCUUCUACAAUGGUCCGACACAUGCCAAGCACGAUUUGACAAAACCGAUGGCAACUACAACACCCUUCACUCGUAUGUAUACGACGAAACCGCGCCUAAUCUGGGGAUCGGUCUACAAUUCUCCAAGAAGGAACUGGCAGAAGAAUUCCAAGGCGCCGUUCUCGAAAUGAAUUUCCGCCAUGGCUUUUCCUGGUCACAGCCCAGUAGCUCUGGUCUUGUUUACGAUGUGGUUGAUGCCGGGACAGAGCACAAACAAUACAAGGCUAUUCUGGUUUUGCGCAAUCGCACAUCUUGGCAAUAUUCGGAUCUGUACUUCGUUUAUCGUGAUGCCGACUAUACAUACGACCACACCACGCACAGUAUCUGCUUCCCUCGCAUCUAUUGCACAGACUAUAUUUCCACUCAUGUGGAUCAGCUCUAUCAACCCGAGACCCCCGUUACGUUCUCUCACUGUGAAAAGAAGGCCAACCAGACGACAAUCGAGUUCGGCACUGAGAUAGCAGCUCGAUCAUUCCUCACCUCUCUCUCACCCCUCUAUGAACUUCUCUAUUCCCGGCGUGUUCAGAACAUUUCUGCAAAAACAAAUGCAAUCCUCGGCUUCCAGAAGCUAGGGAAAGGAAACCUUGAGCUCCAAGUAUGGCGCCGAGGAACAUCAUUCCAACUUGCUGCUCGGUGGUACGGCACCGUCUCGGACAAGUGGUUUACAAUGGCUAUUCCGUCUGCGUUUGUUGAUGCUUCGAAGGAUAACACACGGGUAAUACUCCCCCGGACGACCUUUUUGCGUGGAACAACACUGGAUAUGAUGAACAUUAUGGCGCGAGCUCCAAAGAGCCCAAAUGUCAAAAACAAAGAAGCGGCUAUCUCUAUAUCAUUUCAGACUAGUGAAGGUAAGUCAAAGUCUGAGAUCUCUGAUCAAUGCUUUGAUUGUGGACAUAUUGCUAAUUUUUUACGACUGUUAUAG